AUGGCUCCAAUUUCUAAACGCUGUAUUCUCUGUUUCACAGUAUUUAUCCUUUCAAGUUCUUUUUCCAUAUUCCUCGUCAAAGCAACCAAACUUGGUUUUACUGUGGACCUCUUACACCGUGAUUCACCACUAUCUCCAUUAUAUGAUAACUCCACAACACCAUUCCAGAAAAUGCACUAUGCUUUACGUCGAUCAGCCAAGCGCCUGAACCACUUCUUCCCCAAUAAUAAUAACAUUUCUGUAGAAACAAUCGAAGAUGAUCCUGAAGCUGACAUUAAUGUCUCUGGAUUCGAAUACUUAAUGACAUAUUCGUUAGGCACACCAGAAUUUGAAACUCGUGGGUUUGCUGACACAGGUAGUGAUCUUGUUUGGUUACAAUGCUUGCCAUGUCAGUCAUGUUACCCACAAGACAUUGAUAAAUUCGAUCCCUUAGAUUCCUCGUCUCAUGUGAACGUCAGAUGUCUCUCCCAACGUUGUGAUUCUGCGCGGAAUUCGGUAUCCAAACUCUCUUGUGACUCUGAUAUGUGCAAAUACAAACAAACGUAUGGUGAUAGAGUUUCAGUUUCAGAGGGAAUCAUCAGCUAUGACACACUCUCACUUGGUUCUGCAAGUGGUGGGAAAGUGAGAUUUCCUAGGUUUACGUUUGGAUGUGGGUAUAACAAUAAGGGAAAAUUUUCUCGUCGGACUUCUGGUAUCAUUGGCCUUGGAAGAGGUCCAUUAUCAUUAGUCUCACAACUCAGUCCCUCCAUUGAAGGCAGAUUCUCGUACUGUUUAGUUCCAUCGUUCGAGUCUUAUUCUGGUAAACUGAAAUUUGGUCAGAACGCUGUCGUUUCUGGACCUGGUGUUGUCUCCACUCGUUUGGUAUCAAGAUUGUUGCCACCAUCUCACUAUUACCUUACUUUGGAAGCAAUGACCGUUGGAAACAAAAGAUUACAGUUGACAUCAGUGACGGAGGGCAAUAUAAUCAUCGAUUCCGGGACAACACUUACAUUCUUACCAUUAGAUUUUUACGUUGAAUUGGAAGCUGAGGUGGCAGCAGUGGUGGACCAGAGAUUAAACCGGGCGCGAGACCCGUACGGUUUUUUAGAGCUAUGUUAUGAAACGGACCGGGUUGAGAAUGUUGGGGGUCCCACCAUAACGGUUCAUUUUAGAGGUGCUGAUGUGCGGUUAGAAGCAGUGAAUAUGUUCGUUAUGGUGAAUUAUAACGUGGCAUGCUUUGCUUUCAAAGAUGCCUCAUCACAAGUUGUUUAUGGGAAUGUGGCUCAGUUGAACUUCUUGGUUGGCUAUGACCUUCUAAACAAUCUUCUUUCCUUCAAGCCUGCGGAUUGUACCACACUCUCUGAUCCAUAA